GCCAGCUGAAGGUCUGAGGUGUUGGGCCCUAGCAGCAUAGCAAGUGGAUACCUGUGUGUGUGCUUAAGCAAGGACAGCAGGCCCUCAGCUGGCUUUUGGCUGCAUCCCUAAAACCUUCAGAGUGCGUGGUGGUUGGGGAAGCCAGAGCUGCAUCCCACGGCUCACAGCGCAAAGACAGGGCUCAGCAAGGCACCGUCCCAACCACGAAUAAAGGUGCUUGGGCACAGCACAAAAAGCACCAGUUUGGUUAAAAACAGCUUUGAAACCAUCCGUCUCCAGCUCCUCUUUGCCCCCUUAGCGCUACGGCAAUUCAAACCCCUCCUAACGCGCUCCUGUAGGCGUUACGGAGGCAGGGCAUUGAGACAAACCAGCGCAGAAACAAAACCCGCCACCGCCUACGUCUACGCUAGGAGCGUAACUACGCUGGGUGCGGAGCAACAAACCGAACCCCGCCCCCUGCUACGCUAGGAGCGUAUCUACGGCGGGGGCGUGGCCACGCGCGGAACCCCGCCCCACGGACGUAACGUAUGGAAGCGCUUCCGCUUCCGCCGCGGGCAGUUUGAAGGAGAUGGCGGGUUUGCUUUAUCCGUUGUCAGGUGGUGCGGUCGGGGUGGAUUCGUCUUUGUCGUUGCUAGAGGGGACCAUCCCGCGAGAUGCGUUGCCGGUGGAGCGGCCGCGGGCGAGCGGGAAGGAUGAGGAAGAGGAAAACGACGAGAACCUGCCCAUGGUUUUCCUGUGCGGCGGUUGCAAGCGGCCCGUGGGCGACACGCUGAGCUGGGUGGCCAACGACGAGGAGACGGAGUGCAUUCUCCUGCGCAGUGCCUCCAGCAACGUCUCGGUGGACAAGGAGCAGAAGCUGUCCAAGAGGCCUGGAGAGUGUGGAUGCAUGGUUGAAACGUUUUUCUGCUCUGGCUGCUCAAUGACACUUGGCAGUAUCUACAGAUGCACCCCAAAACAUCUCGACUACAAGAGGGAUUUGUUUUGUUUCAACGUUGAUGCGAUUGAAAGUUACAUUCUAGGAUCCUCAGAAAAGCAGGCUGUUACUGAUGAGGAACCUUUAACUCUUGAAAGUCGAGCUGCCUUGGAAGAAGCACUAAAAAGGGCAAACACCAUACUAAAUGCUCUGGAGGCAAGACUGGCUACUGUUGAAUCAAGAAUUGAUUCUCUUCACAGUAAAGCUUGAAAGAAAAUUCUUUGUGUAAAAUAACUGCUGGAGAUUGAUGUGUGUGGAACUCUGGAAUCUGUGGGAACAUUUUAAAAGCUGUGUGAAGAUCUGGAAGAUGUGGGCGGUUUGUGCUGCAGUGGGACAAUGCCAGCUACUGAGUCUUUGUCACAGAUGAGGAGUUCCCUUUUUGUCUUAAAAAAUUAGCCUGGGAACAAAAAGACUUCUAAAAAAUAAUGUUUCUGUAGAUUUCUUGUUUAUAUGUAAAUAUUUAAUAUCUUUUUUACCUUGGAAAGCAAAGUUGUCCUGUGGUUUAAUAUAUGCUGAACUGAGUUUGUAUCUCUUUCCUAAACCAAUUAGGGGGAAAACACAAAAACAACAACAACAAAAAAAACCAACACCCCACCCCGUGACUUCUGCUGUGGGAGCAGAAUAUGUCACUUUCUUGUCCCCAUGGCUGUUAUUUUAGCUAUUUGGACAGAAAUGUCACAGUAACCUUUUUUUUUUUUUUUUUUUUUUUUUC